AUGUCUCACCUAGCCGCGUUCUGCCAACUACCGGCCUCUUUGCGAGUCCUCCCCUCUCACAGCACCUAUUGCCACGCUCAUCCCACCUUUCUCAAAUCGCCACAACAACAUUCGCCCAAAACCCUUUCCCAUCGUCGCCGCCUGCAUCCAAUCGCAAACGCCCGAGAUAAGGAGAGCAAUAAGGGCGAAAUGGACAUCGUCGAGCGCGUGUAUACCGCCAUAUUCGGUGCGAAACAGGCGGAGCCCUUCGGGUUGAAGCGCUUUGACCGCGACCGAUUUCCGGAGCUCUACCCUGCAACACUCGACGAAUUUGCAGACCCCGUUCCCGCGGACACCCCAGAAAUGGCCUUAUUUCGGCCAUUACUAGCGCGCACACAGCUGCAGACCCGUGAGAUUCAGUUGCUCUACGACGCCAAUCGCGACGGUUGGUCUGCAGAUACUUUUCAUGAGGCCCUCAAUAGAAAAGGGGCCUCUGUUGUUAUGGCGAGCACGGCUGGUGCCGUUUUUGGCGGAUACAACCCCAAAGGUUUUGUUGGAUACGGCGAAAGCAGAGGUUCGAAAGCCGCCUUCUUGUUCACCUGGCCCGAUGGAGACACUAGCAAACCGGCGGUGAAGCUCAGAAAGGUGGGAGGUGCCGCACUGGCUGUUGUCGAUGAACCCGAAACAGGGCCCAAGUUUGGGGCCGACAGUCUGGUCGUCCCGCUCCGUCCACCGAGAGCGAAUUGGGGUGAGAGUCAAAAGGAUCGCAUUGCAUAUAGCAAGUUGGGAAGCUACUAUGAAAGAAGGCCAGACGGCGGAAAUACACUCUUUGCAAAUGGCGAGAAUCCCAAGGGAGAAGUGCUCCAGGAGCUUAAGGUUUUUGCAGGCGUUUACGCGGAUGGUGAGGAGAUCCCCUUCGAUGACGCACUGCCUUUCAGUUUGGAAUGA